CAUUGCAGCUCCGAGCACAGACCUCUCUUCUUUCCCCCUGAGCUCGGAAAUUGUGUUGCUUAUAGCAAGCACAGAAAUGUCGUACUCGGGUCCGUCACAUGGGCAAGGGUGCAAGACUAGAAGGGACUUGCAGCGUGUUUGUUAUUCCGGCUAUUUUUCUCAGUUUUAAGAGCAGUAAUGAUCAAAGGCGACGUCAGGCAAGAGACGGAGAAAGGGCUGCCUGUUGACUGCAAGUACAUAUAAAUAGGGCCCGGGUGAUGGCAUCAGAGAUGAACGCCAUCACUACCAACUUUUGGAGCACUUCCCAACCCUUUUCUCACAACCACAAAGCAGCCUUCCAAUCUAAGAACUAGUCUUCAAUGGCUCCUACUACCAAGCAUGACGACUCUGACUAUUCGGUCAUCGAGGAGACCGGUAUGAAGCUGGGCAAGGCACCGUGCGCUCUGCGUGUGGCAGAUAUCGGUGGCAGCACUCUGCGCGAGGCAGAGCGUCUGUGUGCCCGCGACUACCUUGAACACCACGUCUUCUUCAACUACAUACAGUUCCACAACCACAACAUCCACCAUCUGCUGGCAUCCCUGUCUCUGGGUGCAUCCCAGGAGCGCCUGCAGGACAUCUACGACAAGAACGUCCCAAUGCAGCGCCCCUUGCCUGACCCUGUCGCUGGUGUCGUAAUCACCAAGGACACUGUGCACGAAUACCUUGGCAAGGAGGAAUACUACACUGAUUUUGUGGCGUUCUUCCGUCACGAGAUCGACGCAGAGGGCGGUGACUGGAAAUCUGUGCUGGUGCGCUACAUGUUCGAGGACAAGAUCUACCCGCUUGUAUUUUGCGGUCUAGUUCACCCGCUGAUUCAGAUCGGCUAUGGCGUCGAGUUUGACAGCGCUGCUAUUGUUGCAACGGGUCUGGCAAACGCAUGCGUUCACGAGCUUAAUUUCCAGACCACACUCCAGGCACACGCCAUUGAAAAGACCGUUGGCACACUGCCACUGAUGAAGGUGCUUGACAACAUGCGGAACGACAGGCGCGUCCAGGACAUUCCGUAUGAGACCACGUACAAGGAAGAUGGCCCCAUCAGCGACCAGGUCGCACUCGAGUACCUGCAGCAUUGGGAGGUGUAUCCAACCGACGAGUGCGUUGAGCUAAAGUUCCGCGAGCUGCAGGGUGUAAUUGCGCUCAUGUAUGGCGCAACAACCAAGCCUGGAUACAAGAACCAGUUUGACUUCUUCAUCAUGCAUCUCCUGACGUCCUCAUACUUUGUACCGGCGAUCCUCAACUUGCUCACCCUUGAGCAGAAGAUCAGGGUCCUGCGCACCUAUGCUUUUGUUGUGCUGCGCUACUUCACUCUCAGGCAUUGCCCGCAGUUCUAUCGCGCCAAUGAGCUCGCGGCCGACGAUGUCUCGUUCGCUACCGAUGUAGAGUACAGCGAUGAUGAACAGUGGAAGGUUGUGUUUGCAAAGGCUGUGCAGAAUGAUGAUCUGCAUGUUGCCAAGGCCAUACGUGGGCUGUGGCUGGGCAGCAUUUUUAACCACAAUGCCCCGACAGCUCCUGAAGACUACGAGAUGCCGCAAAAGAUCAACUGGCUGCUGCUGGCACAACGCACCGUCGACACGAUUAACUUGAGCUCGUUUGAGGACAAGGCCAAGCAGUACAAGGCCGGCAAGCGUGGAUGGGAUAAUGGCAAAAUUGGGCUCGACCAGUACUGGAGAGAGAAUGGCGAGGCCCUCUGAGUAAUACCUGUGGAUUUCAUUUAGGGCUUUUUUUUAACCAUAUCGCUCAAUCUUU